CCACCACCAAGUCGCACGCCUUCAACACGCAUAGCCCACACAGCGCGACCACCACGCCAACAUGGGCAAACUGCAAACUCGGUACCAACCAAUCCACGCUCUCAAAGACCGGGUCUUGAGCGCCGCCGUACCACAGCACGCACACGCUACAUUGACAUGCUGCUCGGCCUCGAUUCCGUCUCCCCACUGCACAACCUGCUCUGUUCAGCAUUCGUCUGGCUUCUACUAGCCGGCUACAUUGUCUUCCCCGCGACCUUUACCAAACUCCAACGCACCGACUCGAAGCCCGGGGACAACGGCUUCAGCGCUGCGGCUCUGAAAACCGUGCGCAACAUUCCUCUGCUGUACGUCGCGGCCUUUGCAUGUGGCAUUGGCGUCGUGGGGUGUCUGUGGCUGUGGUGGCAACAUCGCAAAAACUACGUGUGGGUGAUUCAUAGGAUUUUCCUGCCUGCACUGCUGAAUAGCAUUGCGGGUCUCAUCUCGACGAUUGUGAAUGUGUAUUCUGCGCAGGACGGGCAGUACAGUAUUACUGCUCGUGUGACAAUUGUGGUUACGGCGGCAUGCAGUGUCGUUGCUGCUGCGCUGUUCUUGGUCUACAACACCAUCAUGCUAGGGAUCGUGAGAAGGCGACAUGAAAGGGAGAUUGCGGCUGUUGAGAAGGGGCAGGCAAGACGAGACGCCAGUCAUGAA